AUGGCCCCAAUACCGAUUACAAUCAUCACCGGCUUCCUCGGCUCUGGCAAGACGACUCUCAUUCUCAACCUCAUCCCCCAACUCCGCGCGCAAUCACCAAACUACCGCCUCGCUCUCCUUAAAAACGAAUUUGGAGAUGUGGCUGUCGAUUCACAACUAGCGUCAUCAAGCGCAAUUUCGGGUGUCCAGGAGAUGCUGGGCGGAUGUAUCUGCUGCAACCUCGUUGGUUCUCUGUCACCCGCGCUCGCCGAGCUCGAAACCACCGUGAAGCCAGACCGCAUCAUCAUCGAGACGAGCGGGAGCGCCUUCCCCGCCACGCUGGCGCUCGAGGUCAAUCGUCUGGCAAGAGAUACUGGGAAAUACGUCUUAGAUGGUGUCGUCAGCGUGAUCGAUGUGGAGAACUGGCAGGGCUACGAGGACACGAGCUACACGGCGAGGAUCCAGGCGCGGUACACCGAUCUCGUGGUCCUGAAUAAGUGGGAGACGGCGGGCGAGGACCGAUAUGACGAGUGCCUCGAUCGUCUGGGCGAUCUCGAGGUGGAGGUUGCUAAGGUCAAGAGCGACAAUGGCUGGGUGGCCAUGGACGUAGUGUUUGGCGUGGAUGGCGGACUCGCCCAGGACUUGACGGAAGAGGAUGCCGCCAAGACAACGGCAAACGGGGACAGCCAUGGCCAAGAGAAUGGACACGACCACGAGCACGGGCAUCAGAGCGAGGUGGAGGUCCUGUCCGUCGAGCUCAAGGGUGACGCGGGCGUCGCCAUCUCCACCGACAAAUUGGAGGCGAACCUUCUCCGCAAGGCACCCAAGGACGAAGUGUACCGCAUCAAGGCUGUUGCUACCCUCUCGUCGCUGCCAAAGAACUCGGACCCGGAAUUGCCUCCGCCGGCGGCGCAUCCCAAGGGCCGCUAUAUUCUCAACUGGGCAUUCGGGCGGUGGACAUAUACGCCUGUCACCGUAGAUAGCACUGAACACACGUCGAGUAGUGAGACACCGCUACGGAUGACGAUCAUUACGGGGAGACACGAGAGCAACAAGUGGAAGAAGCUGAUAGAAGCCGGCGGGGUGAUAGAGAUAGAUGGAGAAAGCAAAAGCGACCUCGUGGUGACGAAAGUACUAUAG